AUGCCAAAGACAGACCAGGAUGUUGGAACUGGUCUAGUUGGUGCUCCUGCAUGCGGCGACGUGAUGAAACUCCAGAUUCGCGUGGACAAAGACAGCAAUACCAUUAGUGACGUAAAGUUCAAGACGUUUGGCUGUGGAAGUGCUAUUGCCAGUUCAAGCUAUUUAACAGAAUUGGUGAGGGGUAUGACUUUGGAGGAGGCUGCGAAGAUCAGAAAUACAGAGAUAGCAAAGGAAUUAUGUUUGCCGCCUGUGAAACUCCACUGCUCGAUGCUCGCAGAAGAUGCCAUCAAAUCUGCUAUUUCUAACUAUUACACUAAAAAUCCUAAGGCAUCAGCGACAGAUCUCUCGGGCACCGGCUCGCCUAUUCCUCGCGUGGAGGCCCAGUCCCAUGCAGAUCGUGGUAGUGAAGCUGCUAUUGGUUGA